CAAAGAAGAGAGAAAGAGCGAGGGAGAAGCUGAGGUCAGCGGGUUCACACCGGCGUGCCGGGGCCGUUGGUUUGGAAUUCCUGUCAAAAUGACUGCCGCUCCGAUGAAGAUCGUCUUCGGCCUGCUCACGCUCGUCACUGUGGGAAUGAUUAUAGGUGCUUCAUUUCAACUAGCAUUUAUACGAAGGUUGGAAGACUCUUAUGAGUUUCCACCGUUUAGGAAAUUGCAGGGGAGUCAGAACGAUGGCUAUCUUCAACUGCCCAGAGGUAUUCCCCAUUUGGAUAAUGACAAAGAAGCAAGAGUUUUACGUAUUGGAUAUGUCAAACCUGAAGUAAUUAGCUGGUCACCUCGAAUCAUUGUACUUCAUAAUUUUUUGAGCAUGGAGGAAUGCGACUACCUUAGAGCUAUAGCCCUCCCUCGACUUCAAAUUUCCACUGUAGUGGAUACAAAAACUGGGAAGGGAAUUAAAAGUGAUGUUAGGACUAGCUCUGGUAUGUUUUUAAAUCCUGAAGAAAGGAAGUAUCCGAUGGUACAGGCAAUUGAAAAACGAAUUUCUGUCUAUUCUCAAGUACCGGUAGAAAAUGGGGAGCUCAUACAAGUACUAAGGUAUGAGAAGAGUCAGUAUUACAAACCCCAUCAUGACUACUUCUCUGAUACUUUCAAUGUGAAGCGAGGUGGUCAGCGAAUAGCAACAGUGCUUAUGUAUUUAAGUGACAAUGUUGAAGGAGGAGAAACAUAUUUCCCUUUGGCUGGUUCGGGUGAAUGUAGCUGCGGUGGGAAGAUGGUCGGAGGAUUGUCUGUAAAACCAAAUAAAGGAGAUGCAGUGCUCUUUUGGAGCAUGGGGCUAGAUGGGCAGUCAGAUCCAAAUAGCAUACAUGGAGGAUGUGAAGUACUUGCAGGGGAAAAGUGGUCGGCUACAAAAUGGAUGAGGCAGAAAACUACAUAUUGAUUCCUCUAGCUUAGCCAUAUCUCAAAAAUACAGCGAAGGGGGUCCCUUUUCUUGGGUCCCCCGCCCCGCCUCGGCGGCUGACGUUAUAUUGACCUUUUUUGAAAUGACUAACGAGUGUGAAUAAUUUGUCAUAUGUAAAUUGUAUUUUUAGCAUGAAAUCGAAAAGUUAGAAAUAUUCAAGUACUCAAAUCGAUAUGACUAGGCACAGUGGGAUAAGGACCUUGUGUUGAUGGAUUGAAAGGUCAUCUAGACCAUUCAUUCAAAAUGAAGAGUCACAAUUAUGUCAUGUAAGCAUUUUUUCUUAAAAAAAAAAAUAAAAAUGAACGGCCUGACUUAAGUUA